AGAGGAUUCCAAGGCAGGCCAGUGUGGCAAAAGCAGCUCCUUGCUGCUUACCCUAGCCUAGGCCAAUGGAAAAUGGAGGAGCAAAGCAGCAACAUCUAAGAGGGGACAAAAAAGAGGAAAUUCAAGAUGGGGAACAUGAUGAAAUUGUUGGUAAGUCAACACAAAAGAAAAAAAAGACUGAAACACAGGUUUUGAGUCGUUGAAGUGCGUUGAGUGGAAAUGACCAGGCUGGGGGAAGGGAAGCAGGACUUUUUUUUUAUUAUUGACCAUGAAAGAAACAAGUUGCUCUGAGGCCUACCUCAGGUUCAGAAUAUAAACAUGACACAUGAACAAAACCCCAAAUGCCCAGUAAUCCCUUCAGCACCUAAUUCCACUUUGGAAUGAAAUGAGAAGCCGGAGGAUUGAUCUUUACUGGCAUAUAGUGCAUACAGUCACUGGAAUCCCAGUCUCACUUAACCUGGGAGUAAGACCUAUUGAAUACAAUAGGAUUUAUUUCUGAGUAGACAGGGUUAGUCAUCCAGCCAGCUGGAGUGACUAGUAUGGUCCCUGGGUUAUGGUCUGAAGGCAAACCACAUAUGGACCCCAUCAGCAUUGGCAUUCUGCUGGCUCUUGAAGACGACACACCUGUUUAGCCAAGCAUUCCCCUGAAUUUGAACUUACUCAUAUAGUUGUUUAAAUUGCUCUUCUAAUUGUUAUACUGUUUAAUGGGCUGCUUUCUUGUACAUUUUAAUUAUGGAUGCUUUUAAUACAGUUUAUUACCGUAAUUUAUUGUAUUGUGAAUGUGAGCUGACAGCUUUGUUUUCUGUUUUGUUUUUCCUUUUCUGUGCUUUCUCUUUAAUAAAUUUGGAACAAUAAUCAUUAAAAAUGGAUUCCCGUAAUGCUUUAAUGGAACUGAUUUAUAGUGUAUUUUAAUUACAUAUGGGUUUUAUAAUUGGUUUUAUACUUGUAAACUGCUUAGAAGCCAUUCUGGCAUGUAAGCAGCAUAUUAAAAUAAAAUAUGUUGAAGCCAAGCAGCUCUGGGUUUAGUCAGUGCCUGGAUGGGGUACCACACAUGUAUGCUGCCUUGGCUUCCAUGAUGAAAGAACUGCAGGGUAUAAAUGUAAGAACAUACAGUAAUUAAUAGCAUUAGCAAUAUAAUACUGUUUUUAUUGAAUUAUUUUCACAGAGGGUGAAGUAGGGCUUUAUGAAUGAGGAUCACAGUCCACAAACAUUAACUUCUGGGACAUUUGCCGAAGUAAUUUUGAUUUCGUUUUUUAUUUUUGUUUUUACAGACUUCCAGUUCCGAGACUCCACAAAAUGACAAUGCAGGUAGAUAGUUCACUUGAUACCUUUCACUGCAGAUCAAGUAUAGGUAGUGGGGAAUCCUCCAGAGGUUGUGGGCUCCAUGUUAACUACCCCUGGGGUAGUGAUUAUAAACAGGUUUCUGCUUUUCAGAAGAGGAAAGCCUACAGGAGACAGGGAUCAGGUUUCUCUCCAGAUUCCGAUACCGCAGGGUUUCUUCUACUUUGAUCCACCUUCUUCAUCUCUUCAUCUGUCCUUCUAUUCAUGUGGAGCUAUGCAUGCAUAGUCUGCAUAUUGGGUGAGGGUGUGUGUGUGGAUUAUAGCCAAUAUCCGCUUCUCGGCAGCUUCCCCAAUUACUGUAAAACCGGCAUAGCAACAAGUCACAUUUUGUGAUGUGAUGCUGGAGAAUGUUGAUUUAAAGCAGAGUCUCUUGUGCCCAGCGGAAGGAUGAGGAAAAUGUGUUACAUACUCUAUAUUGCUUUAUUUACAGUUCAAAGCUGGUAUAUUACAGAAAGACAUCUUGCCUCUGUGCCGGAGCAGAAAAAUGCAUCCUCUCUCCUCGACAGCUUGGAGAGAAACAAACACAGUGAAAAAAAAAACAGGAAACCAGUGUACGUCACAUCCAGUCUCCCUUUCCCGUGAGAAACUCCAACAGUACAGACUGUGGAAUGUAAAACAAUGUCUUGUGACUGCAGUUGCUGCUCAGUGAGGGAAAUAGAAACCAACAUCCUCCCCUUUCUGUGAACAUCACUGGGCAGCGUGUUCGUACAAUAUCAGUACAAACCCAACUUCUGCACAUAGGUACAGUGUUGAUCCCUUGAUACAAUCUUGGACAAUACAUCAGCAGGAAUUUCAUUACCUGGCAUAUAGGACACCGUUACGAGUCCCUUCUGAAUACAUUCCCUAGCAUGCUGCAACUUUAAUUGCAAGUGCUUUGUGCUUUGCUUACAACCUUCAGACUUCAGCAAAGCCAAACAUGCUUUGUUGUCCUGGUAAACCUGGAUUGGACAUUUGACAGGAAUUUUCAUAUCUUUGCACAAUUGUACUAACCAUUCACAAUCCUUAAGUGAAUAAGACAGUGCAUUCAGUUCGGCUUCACAAGUACUUAAGCUAACUGUUGUUUGCUUCUUGCAUGACCAAUCAAACAGACUCUGAUUGUACAUGUAGCAAACUCCAGACGUACUUUUCCUGUCUGUAGCGUCACUUCCAAAACUUGCAUCUGCAAAUAUCUCAAGACCACCAGACUUCUGAUUGUUAAAUCUCAGUCUGUAAUGCAUAGUGCCUUUCAAAUACCGCGCUAUGCGUUUCAGAGCUUUCCAAUCCUUGACACUAGGAUUGUUGACUUGUCUGCUUAGCAAAUUACAGCUAACAGCAAUGUCUGGUCUUGAACAUCUGGCAAUGAAGUUUAGCUUGCCUAGCACACUCCUGUACAGUGUAGUGUCAGAAAAUGCUUCUUCAGUGUCAUCUACCUGAUAACCUGUUGUCAUCGGUGUGUCUACAGGGUUAGCAUCCAUCAGAUUUAGUUUGCUUAACACAUCAGCAAUUUUCCGUGACUGGUGUACUAGAAUGUUACCAUCUUGAUCUCUCUCUAUUUCCAGAGAUAGGUAGUUGUUUACCUCACCAAGAUCUUUCAUGUCAAAGUGCUCUUUCAGUUGAGCUAGGGCGUUAUUGUACAUUGCGACAUCUUUCCAAAAGAAUAAUAAAUCAUCAACAUAAAACAAACAGUACAGUUUCUUUUGCCCUUCCUCUUUGACAAAUACACAUGGAUCAGCUUUCCCUUGCUGAAAACCUAGAGAAAACAAUACUUCAGUGAGUUUUGUGUGCCAACACCGUGCACUUUGUUUGAGACCAUAAAGGGAUUUCUUCAGAGCACAAACAAAUCCCUGUUUUACCUGUACGCCAUCAGGUGGAAGCAUAUAAAGUGAUUCAUCUAGAGAUCCGUACAGAAAAGCUGUAUUAAUAUCAUGGUGACUAAUGUGUAGAUUUUCCUCUGCAGCUAGCUUAAGCAUAAGCCUAAUGCUUUCAUAUCUCACUGUGGGUGAAUAGGUCUCGUGAUAGUCUUCACCUGGUACCUGUGCAAAACCUCUGGCUACCAAUCUGGCUUUGUGUCUGACUAUCUUGCCAUUUUGAUCUGUCUUCGCUUUGAAGACCCAUUUGCUUCCAAGCAGUUUCAUUCCUGGAACUACUGGAACUAGCUCCCAUGUUUUGUUCCUUUCUAAGGAAUCAAGCUCAGCCUUCAUGGCAUUUAACCAUGGCUCAGCUUCCUUUGAAUCCAAACCCUGGAUUUCUUGGAAACUUGAAGGUUCAAAUACCUUCUUGGAGCUUUUAACAGCUGUUACUGCUAUCGUAGCAAACUCAUCAGCAAAUCUCUUUGGAGGUUUGCCUUUUGUGGCUCUCUGUGACCUACGAAUUAGCCUUAAGUCUUCAACACUCUCCUCUUCCUUCUUAGGAGAAAACGACCUAUUGUGAACAAUGGUUCCUCCAAUUCUUGAUCAGAGCUUUCAGAGGGUCGCAUAGAGGCUUUCGCACUCUGAAAUCCUCUGAAUCACCCGAUUCAGUUUCAGAUUCAGACUCAGAACCUUCAUCAGUGGGUGUGGGCUGUUGUGGUUGCUUUUGACUAUCCUCAGUCUCAUCACCGUCAUCAGGAUAACAUUGGAAAAUUCCCACAUUCUCCCCCCACUUUGCAUUGUACUCAACACUUCUCGUGAGCUUAAUUGUCUUAGAGUCAGUCAUCAUUAUUCUGUAAGACCCUUUCUGAUAACCUAGAAAGAUACCAUGCAAUCCACGCUUGUCUAACUUGGAGUUCUGUGGUGAGCGAACCCACAUGUCAGAACCAAAAUCUUCAUGUGUUUGAUGUAUGGCUUCUUGCCAAACAUCUUCUCAUAGGGGGUACAACCAAUCGCUGAAGAUAAUCUGCGAUUGUAACUGUAAACAAAACACGAGAGAGAUUCGGCCCAAUAACUCUCUGGAAGAUUGGCAUCAUGCAGCAAGGUUUUUAGCCCUUGAAGCAAAGUCUGAUUUGCCCGUUCCGCAAGUCCAUUCUGCCAUGGCGAGCGAGGACUAGACAAAUCGUGUUGAAUUCCUUUCUCAGUCAGAAAAGCUUCAAACUGCUGAGAAGUGAAUUCCCCCCCGCGAUCACUGAAAAGAGUCUUUAUCUUCUUACCAUGCACAUUUUCCAACCAAGCACAGAAUUCCUUGAACCUAGGAAAAGCCUCCGAUUUCUGCUUGAGAUUGUACACAAAAAUAUAUCUAGAAAAUGCAUCAAUGAGAACCAUGAAGUAUCUAUUUCCACCCAAAGAGGGCGCAAGUGGUCCAACCAAAUCAGCAUGAACAACCUGGUAUGGUUCUGUAGCUUUCCUACUAGACACCUUACCUUUCGCAGCCAUUUUCACCUUGUUUGCUGCGCAUGCUUUGCACUUCAUGUGGUACUUGCAGGGUUUAAUAGUCAUACCUUCAACCAAGGCAGGCAUUUUAGAUACUGCCUCAAAAUGCAAAUGACCAAAUUUGCGAUGAAAAUCGUGAAUACAUUCUGCAUGCAAACUUUUGUUAGAACCUGCAAUGCAACAAGUGUCAUCCUGCACCACAUCAUCAUAAUACAAAACAAACAAAUGAUCAACAUAUUCUGCAUGCAAUACAUAAUCAUUUUUCUUUGUGAUGAUGCACUUCUUGUUCUUGAAGGAAACGUCAAUGUUCCGCUCAUUCAGCUGUCCAACGCUGAGCAGAUUAUGUUUGGCGUCUGGCACGUAAAGCACAUUCUGUAUCGAUAAGUCCAAACUGUGAAGAACAACAGUUCCGUAGCCUUUACUGGGAAUAGUGUGGUCAUCCGCCUGGUGAAUCGCACCUUCCUGCGGUGUAAAAGACACAAACAGUCUCUUGUCGUUGCACAUGUGGUGGGUGGCCGCUGAAUCAACAACGAAGAAAGAUCUAGACGUCUUCUGGACCUCUGCAACCUUUGGAGUGAAGCGUGAAACCAUAGCCUUGUGCUGCGUUGUCCUAGACACCGGACCUUUGCCUUUGCCUCGGCCUUUUCCGCGCGAUGAGCUUCGCUGCGCUGCUCUGUCUUGGCCCUGGGAUGUCUGCAUUCCCUCUUCAUAUGGCCUAGACGUCCACACGAGUAGCAUUUCACUGCCUUCAAAGCUUUGGCGCCAUCUGGUGGUUCCACUGCACUAUGGGAUGACGUCUGUGAAGACUCCCCCCUUGCCCAUGCAGCCAGCACCCCGGCGAUCUGCUUCAUUUAAAAUCACGGCAGUAACAAAGUCCACUGUCAGCUGAGCAGUUGGUUGCACAGCAAUCUGGGUUGCAACAGACUCCCAACCUGAACCCAAAGAUUGUAGUAUCAUGAAAGAAUACACAGCCUCUGGAAAGUUGAGUCCUCUCUGUUGCAGCUCAUGUCUCAGAUUUUGCAUCUGCAUCAGAUGUAAACGCACAUCUCCACCUUCAGCAAGAGCCAUAUUGUGCAGCUUGUUAAAGUAAUACAUAGUGGAUCCAGCUUCUGUCCUUAAGUGAGCCUCUCUCAGAGCGUCCCAAAUUUCUCUGGCUGAGGUCUUAUCACGCAAUAGACAGAGCUCUUCUGGGGAUACUAUCAAUGUAAGAGUUCCCCUUGCUUUGGAAUCCUUAGCUUCCCAUGCAUCUGUAACUGGAACUGGGGGUUCCUGUAAUCACCUCAAACAAACCCUCUUUCCGCAGAAUUGCCUCUGCAUACUGAACCCAGUCGCUGUAAUUUUUCUUGUUGAGCUUAGGAAUCCUACAAGCAUCCUGAAGGGCCAUCAUGACUCUGGCAUUAGCCUUCAGCGUCAUAUGCUGCUUUAAAUCUUGCUGCGUCACUGCUGCAGCUGCCUCAUUACAAAGGCACACUUAAAAGUUACUUUCGAUUUCCCCAGCAUAGUGACUUGUGCCUGGGAGCCUUUUGCCUGUUUGCAAAACCGGCUUUAAAAGUUCAAAGUCCAGCCAUAAAGCCAUUAACUUGAAGCUGGCAGGCUGCCCGGAGCAGUAGCACAUACCUCAUCAAUCACUUCGACGCGCAGAGCAGAUUCCGUUCCGAUCUGUCCUCCCUCUGCAUUCCGAUCCUUUGCCGGCACUCCGAUUCGACCUCUGGGCCCAUAACCACGUGUUGAUUUAAAGCAGAGUCUCUUGUGCCCAGCGGAAGGAUGAGGAAAAUGUGUUACAUACUCUAUAUUGCUUUAUUUACAGUUCAAAGCUGGUAUAUUACAGAAAGACAUCUUGCCUCUGUGCCGGAGCAGAAAAAUGCAUCCUCUCUCCUCGACAGCUUGGAGAGAAACACACAGUGAAAAAAACAGGAAACCAGUGUACGUCACAUCCAGUCUCCCUUUCCCGUGAGAAACUCCAACAGUACAGACUGUGGAAUGUAAAACAAUGUCUUGUGACUGCAGUUGCUGCUCAGUGAGGGAAAUAGAAACCAACAGAGAAUAAUUGCUCUAGGCGUUAUACUCUCUCAACAACUUUUCUAUAGGGGCCGUUAGAUACGUAGUAUUAUUUAAAGAGAUCAACAUUUCUAUUGGUCGGUUAGGUCGAGAGGGCAUUUUGCAGUUAUAAUAUAUUGGCAAGUAAUUUUUUUUCCCUGAGCCAUUUUGGUGUGGGGGUGAACAGAGAAAUCUAAAACAUGUGCAGAUAGAAAGGUUUUAUGUAAACCCUCACCCAUAACACCACAAAAUAUGUACUUUGUUUUGUUCCCCCUAGAGAUCAGAAUGCCAAUAGAUGAGGAAAUGCUAUCCAUUCCAAUCAGCAACAAUGUUUAUGCAAUUCUUAAGAGGAGAGAGAACUACCUGUGUAGUCUGCUCGAAAAGAAGUUUGGCUGCAUAACUGUCCUCAAGAGCAUCAGGAAUCCCACUGAAGUGUAUAGGAAAAGCCUGAAGGAAGGAAUUGAAGUUUCUGUCUGGGUAGAUGAUCUUACAAGGCACGAGGCCGAUGCUUUGGUGAAUGCAGCCAACGAAUACCUGCAUCACUUUGGAGGCCUUGCAUUUGCCCUCCUGAAAGCUGGAGGGCCAGAAAUUGAAGAGCACUGCAAGCAUUUCAUUGAAAAGAACGGACCGCUCAGCGCUGGCCAGAUUGCAGUCACUAGUGGAGGAAGACUCCAUUGUAAGCAAGUCAUCCAUGCAGUGGGUCCAAGAUGGUCGGAGGAGCAGAGGGAGGAAUGUUGCCUCAAGCUUGAAGCAGCCAUCAUCAAUAUUUUGAAAUAUGUCAAUGCUCCAGAAAACAAUAUCAAGUCCGUGGCCAUUCCUGCCCUCAGCUCUGGAAUCUUCAACUUCCCGCAGGAUUUAUGUGCUCAAGUCAUCGUACGGACGAUAAAGAAUUUUAUUCAGUUAGCUCCGUUGUUUGGUUACUUGCAAGAAAUCCACCUCGUGAACAUUGAUGAGACCACAGCUGAAGUCAUGAAAAGGGCGUGCGAAGAGUUGCUAGGCACCAACGAUGUUGUGCCUCUGGCGGGAGCAGCAGACUCCAUCACAGUCAAUGAUCUCUGUCUCCAGAUAAAAAAAGGGAACAUAGAAGCACAGCAAGUAGGUUACCAUAUUCUUACAGGUGAUAUGGAGAGGGUGAAUAUUCAUUACUUUCCCCAUUAAUUGGGUUUUUCAAUGCUCACAAGUACCAGACGAGCAGUAUUGUGUGAAAACACAUUACAGAACAUCAGUGAUAAAAACAGAAUAAAAAACAUACUGACAGACAGCCUAAUAAUAAAAUAGUCAUCAUAAUAACAGUCCCCUCCCCCACACUUUCACAUGCCAUAGAUUAUUUAAUAGCCAUAGGCCUGGGUAAAGAGGAACAUUUUUGCCUGGCACCUAAAAACAUGUAGUGAUGGCGCCAGGCAAGCCUCUCUGGGGAGAGCAUUCCACAUUCGGGGAGCUACCACAUUCCCCAGAGAACCAUGCAUGUAGAAAUCGUGCAUAGAUUCAAAAUGAAAUUGUUUCUGAUUCUUACAUCAUUCUCUUCCAGGCUUCCAUUAUUAUUAGCUCUGUGACUGUGCAAGAUGAUCUCUCUCAAGGAACCAUUUCAAGAGCAAUCCUCGAAAAGGCAGGUCCAGCUAUGCAGGAGCAAUUUCUCUCUGAGUUACAGAGACUUCCAGCAGAUAACCUGAAACUCAUAUUCACAAAAGGGUGCAAUAUUGACUGCGAGUUUGUGCUCCAUGUGGUAUGGCCAUCUUAUAGUGAAUGCAACGCACAGGAGGUGAUGGCUUUUUUUCUAUUAGCUUUCCAUUUCACUGAAUGGGGGGUGGGAAUCACCAUUAUAACUACUUUCCUCCUCCAACAGGCACUAAAAGCUGCAGUUUCUAAAAGUCUUCUCAAGGCUCAAGAGCAGCAGUCCUCAUCAGUUUGUUUUCCUCUCCUUGGGAUUGAAGAUUUACACAUGCCAAAGGAUGAAGUAGUGGAGAUUAUGGUGGAGGAAAUAAUACACUUUGCGGAGGAAUAUUCUGGGAAGAAGCCAGAUGUAUUCAUUGUGGUUCCUCCAGAUGACAGUGAUGUUUAUGAGGUGAGGUUCUGAAUGCUCAUGGCAAGUAGACAAAGAUUGGCCAUCUAAUAAAUGCAUCUCUCUUAAACAUUUUUCUAUAGUUUUAUCACUGGUUUCCACAUACUGGUGCCCUCCAAAUAUUUUGGAAUACAGUAUAACUGUGGUCAGCUCCAGCCAGGAUGGCAAAGGUCAAAGAUGAUGAGAGCUAUUGUCCAACAACAUACAGAUGGUGCUAGAUUGGAGAAGCCUGGGUUAUCACUUGAGAUAGGCACAAUGCUCAGUUUAAUAUGGGAACUCUCACUACUGCCCAUUAUACUCAUUGUGUGGGAUUUUACUGCCCCAGGUUUAAUCUUGAACGUGGAUAUGAAGUAAAUGGUAAUGGGUUUAGCUUUCUGCAGUGGAAAAUGACCAUUGUUAUUAGAUGCUGAAGAUUCGUAGUGCUUUGUACACUCCGUCCUAAACUGGCACAAUAAUGCUUAGAACUGAGCCAAAAAAAGCAGCAAUUGUAUGUGUUUUCUCUCUUUUUAAAGGCUUUCUUCACCAAGCUUAUGUCAGUCAAAAACAAACUGGAAGAAAAGAUGGACUGCAGCAAUAUGGAUGGCAUGGGUAAUAAAUAAAUGGGAUGGUUAAAACUGGUUGAGAUUCUCUGUAUAUAUAUAUAAAAUAUUUUAAUGUUUGACCACAAGUAGAACAUGUCAGGAAUAUUAGAAAACUAAGUUUUGUGUAGGUUUUAAUGAGGGACUUGAAAGAUGAGUGGAGUUGAAGAAGAGGCAGGGAGAAUUAGUAGUUGGUAAGAAAUAAUUCUAGCAAGGGUUCAAUUUAGAUUUUAGUAGUGGAACACGGUUUCAAAGUCUACUUUUAGUUUUCUUGUAAGUUCAACCAAUUAGCCCUGUCGAGCAACAGAAAAAUAAAUCCCCCCCCCCCAUCAUCUAUCUGUGUGAGCCCUUCAAAUAUUUGGCUAUCAUAUCACCUCUUAAUUGUCCCUUCUUCAUGAGUCAUUCACUAACCAUUGCAACACCUACCAAUAAUAUUUUUCAGAGGUACAGGCUGACAUACAAGCCAAUGGAGGUUGUGAAAAAAACGGACCAUUUGUGGAACUUAUUGGACGCAGCCAGGAAACGCUGGAGGCAGCAGGACUGUGGCUCCGAAACAUCAUACAAGUUGAGGAAACUCACCGGAUCGUUAUACAAAAUUAUAACCUUCUCAACCUUGGCAGUGGUCAGCCAGUUGAGCUGUCUCAUCUGCAGCAGCACUUUGGCAUAACCAUAGUGGAGAGUUUGACCGGGGAGGGUGCAGCGCUCGAGAUCGAAGGUUCCCCCCGAGCCGUGAUUGAUGCAACAUUCGCUAUCGAAUUCAUGCUGCAGACGACAGCCAAGCAAGAAAUUAAGACAGACGGUAUGUGGGGCUGUAUGUACAUAAGCACAACGCUGUUAUGAAAAAUACGUGAACACCUAAGAAAGCAUCUGGUGAAGAAUUUGGCUUAUUGAUAUCCUUCACCUUAUACUAAGGGCAGACUUCUAGCCUGCACAAAGAACAGUUUGAAACCAUACAGGCAGUAGCCCUAUUCAGUUGCUCUCCCCACCAGGCCAUUUCCAUCGUGCAAGUGGGUGCAAGGGUGCAACCUUUAACCAACCCCUUCCUAUAUAUCACUGUCACUAUUCCUGUACCCACCUGGUCCAUUGAAGGCUGAACAUUUUAAUUUUUAUUAUUUAUUAAAUUUGUAUACUUUCCACAACACGUUUUGAAAGAGCAUUGGAUGUCAAUCAGCCAAAGUAUUAUUAUUAUUAUUAUUAUUAUUAUUAUUAUUAUUAUUAUUAAAUUUGGUGAAGAAUUUGGCUUUGCAUUGGAAAGCCUUUUCGACUCAAGUAGGCUCCCGGAUGUGAUUUAGAACCCUGAGAAAUCACGGUAAGAGGUUACAGGAUUGCAGCCUCAAAGGAUUUCAGUUGUCGCUGUCAAAGGAAAUAUUACCACUCUGUGAAAAAGGGGCCUUUAUUAAACAAUGAACUCAUUGUGCUUACUGUAUUUCCAUUUUAAUAAGCAAAUAGAAGACCAGGCAUUACCCGUCUCCAGUAAGCUUACAGUUAAUUUUCCAAUAUGAAAGUUGCACUACUAUUUAGUAUUUUAUUACUUGUAUCUAGGACCUUUGAGAAACUCUCCUCAUCAAGAAGGCCACACAGAAAUGGCGAGUAAAUACUGUUACCAAGUCACUCCAAUAGAGUCAUAUCUUCAAGAAUUCAAGGACAAAGAAAAACAACUUGAAAAAGCUGGCCUCCGGAUUCUGAAGGUAAAGAGAUGACCAAGGGCAAAGUAAUUCUGAAAGAAUAUUGUGAUGUUUUACAAAUAUCCAAAACCAAUAGGAAUAUAGGAGGGUAAAAUCCAAGUCAAAAUGAUUAUUAAAAACUGAUAGGUUUUUACCAAUAUGUGGUAUACUCCUAAAUCAAACUCAGACCACAUUACUUCAAGUAGAGAAUAAAUCGGAACUGUUUGGUCUUUUUUCAUCCUGGAAUUUCGAUUUUAAAAACAAACAAAAAAUGUACUAAUCGAAAUAAAAAAUGUACUUAGCAUCGGAACAGUAUGUAUUUUUUAGUGUUGCUGCUAUUGAGCUGGGCACAACUUACUUUCAUUUUCAUUUCAGAUAGAGAAAAUAUGCAAUCCUCUUUUAGAAUCUACCUUCCAAAGGAUUAAAAUAAAAAUUGAAGGAAAAAAUGCUGGAAUGCCAGUAUGCCAUAGGCUAUACCAUCGUGUCCCAGCUCAGUACUGUAGUCUGGUGUGUAAAACGGGAUUUCAGAAAACCUACCCCUCCUCCUUACAAGGUAAAGCAUGCAUAUACCCAUGAAAAGCAAAAAAAUAGAAAAUCAGUAGAUUAUCUUCAAACAAUUUGACUGCCAUGUUGAUACAUUCAUCACAGAUGUUCAAGUACAUUAAUUCAAAGCUUAAAAAGCUAGCUAAAUAAAAUAUAAAAUCAAGUGGUAUCUAUCUGGUUCUUACAAUUAUCACUAUUGGCUUCACAGUAAGAUUUAGCUUUUCCUCUGUAAACCCUAAACUGAUCUAGAGUUAGACUGCAGUGUCCAUUGCUGCCACCAGGGCUGGUGUAGCUAGUGGGCAGUGUGAAUCUGCUGCCUCAGGCGGUAAAAGUCCUUGAGGUGGUGCCCAAGUGGGUGCUCCGCCUGCCCCACUGCCUCCACUUCUGGCAUCAGUGCAGAUUUCACACGAGACCCCACAAGAUCUUGUAGUGCGCACAAAAUCUCAUCUGAAAUCCGUGCCACUGUUCCAUCAGUAGCCAUGGAGCAGUACUUCCCAUCUUGUCUCAAGCAGCAAAAUUGGAUGUGCUGCUCCCGAUUGCCACCAUGAUUGCAAUUGUUAAAAUACCAGCAGUUUCCCAGCAUGUCCUUAAAGCUUGUUCAAUUAUUACUUGGUCCUCUUAUUUCCAUUCAGGGCGGGAGUGGGAGCAGACCAAGUCAUAUUCAGAAGCAAUUUGUCUUGCAUACUGCUACCAUAAUGAAAACAUGUUUCUGUUUAAACAGUCUGUGUUUUGCAUUGUUUUCCAGACCAGAAAUAUGGAGCUGGCAUCUACUUUAACAAGAACCCCAGGAACCUUGUAACAGAUACCAGGGAAAAAUGUGAAAUGGAUCACUUGAUCUGUGUGUUUGAGGCUGAAGUUGUAACAGGCUCGUAUACAAGGGGCAAUCGAAGCUAUGUUGCACCACCAUUAAUUAGUGCAAGUAGCAUGAAACUCUAUGACAGUGUUGUUGACGAUAUUCACAACCCUGAAAUCUUUGUCAUUUUCAAUAGGGAGCAAGCUCUCCCGCUGUAUUUGUUGACUUGUUCCCUGCUUUGGAAUCCAGUGCAGAAGACCCAGUUGGAACCAUCAGCUCAGAAUCUAUGAGGCCUUAAAGUUCAACAAAUGAUAGGUACUAGGUUCUAUGAGUUAGGUUUAAGUAAUUUAUGUACAUGGCAGUUCUCCGAUGCAGUGAAAAAUCUUGCCUCGUUACAAUCUUGAAGUAUCGUUAUUGCUUAAUAAGCAAUCUCAGCAUGGGAAGCUUUAAUUUGAUCUAAAAGAGAACCGCUGCAUUCACAACACAAGUUCUUAUAUUAAAAUGCCAACUUCAAACCAUCUGCAAAUAUUUGGUUUUUUUCUGUACAAGAAUAUAAUAGCAAGUGCUUCAUGCAGUUCAGGAUCAGCUUUUGUCUAAGUGCCAGAGAUGAUGCUUUUAGAAAUUUAAAACUUCAGAAAAUUCCAAGUAACUUUGUAUUUCUAGAAUGUCUUUGAUGGUUUAUUGAAUUAAGUGCUAUUAAAUCAGUUGGUUUAAAAUCCACAAUAAAUACCAUGCUUCUAUCAGAUGUACCACU